CCCCCGACAAAACAACAGCUCGCCCACUUUUCUUUUUGGACUCGGCGUGUGGCUGUCCGCAAAUCAAUGGUGAUGUCAAAUUAAAUCGAAUUGUAUUACGUGACCGUUUAAUUUGUCUUUCGUGUUGACCGAGCGCGGUCGCCACCAGUCUCAGUUGCUGACGCUCCGUUAGCCGUCUUGGCUGCCUGCUAGCUAACGUCGUGCUAGGCGGCGGAGAAAGACGAAGAUGGGCUCCAUCCUGAGUCGCAGAAUCGCCGGGGUUGAAGACAUCGACAUCCAAGCUAACUCGGCCUAUCGUUUCCCACCAAAAUCUGGCAAUUAUUUUGCCAGUCACUUCUUCAUGGGAGGGGAGAAGUUUGACACUCCACAUCCCGAGGGAUACCUUUUUGGGGAGAACAUGGAUUUAAAUUUCCUGGGAAACAGACCAGUGCAGUUCCCCUACAUCACGCCCGCACCCCACGAGCCUGUAAAAACGCUCAGGAGUCUAGUGAACAUUCGGAAGGACUCGUUGCGUUUGGUCAGGUAUAAAGACGACUCCGACACGCCGGUGGAGGAGGGCGGCAAACCAAAGGUCCAGUACGGCGUGGAGUUCACCUUCGACGCAGAUGCUCGGGUGGCCAUCACUCUCUACUGCCAGGCCUUUGAGGAAUUCUCCAAUGGGAUGGCCGUGUACAGCCCGAAGGAUGCAACCAUGGCCUCGGAGACGGUCCACUACAAGAGGGGCGUCAGCCAGCAGUUCUCCAUGCCCUCGUUCAAGAUAGACUUCAGCGAGUGGAGGGAGGAAGAUCUCAACUUUGACCUCGACCGAGGGGUGUUUCCCAUGGUGAUCCAAGCCGUGGUCGACGAAGGGGAUGACUGCCUCGGACAUGCUCAUGUUCUUUUGGCAGCCUUUGAACGACACGUUGAUGGCAGUUUCUCCGUCAAGCCACUGAAGCAAAAGCAAAUUGUGGACCGUGUGAGCUACCUCUUACAGGAGAUCUACGGCAUCGAGAACAAGAACAACCAAGAGACAAAGCCGUCAGACGACGAGAACAGCGACAACAGCAACGAGUGCGUGGUGUGUUUGUCGGACCUGCGGGACACGCUCAUCCUGCCCUGCAGACAUCUGUGCCUCUGCAACUCGUGCGCCGACACCUUGCGCUACCAAGCCAACAACUGUCCCAUCUGCAGACUGCCCUUCAGAGCCUUGUUGCAGAUCCGAGCUGUGCGGAAAAAGCCCGGAGCGCUCUCCCCCGUCUCCUUCAGUCCUGUUCUGGCGCAGACGAUGGACCACGACGAGCACUCUGGCACUGACUCAGUGCCGCCUGGCUUUGAGCCCGUCUCUCUGUUGGAGGCCCUGAACGGGUUGCGGUCCGUGUCGCCCGCCGUCCCCUCGGCGCCCCUCUACGAGGACGUCAACUCUUCGAGCGGCGACGGCGGUCGGCAGCUGAGCUCCCCCGAGCAUCUGAGCGACGGCGGUCUGCAGAAAGGCAAAGUCAGCAAAUCACCUGAUAGCACGCUGAGGUCGCCAUCUUCUCCCAUCCAGGAGGAGGAUGAGGAGAAGCUGUCGGAGAUGUCGGACGCUCAGCCGCACACGCUCCUGUCCAGCAGUCCCGCUCCCACAGACGCCACAGCAACCGAGGACGUAGCAGACUCGCUGUCCCCGGAUGAGGAGGACAGGAUGCACGCCGGCGACAUCCUCCAGGACUGCGGCAGCGAACGCAGCAGCUUGACCAAAACAGAGAGCGACCCUCCGGGCGAACUGUCGUUGCCAGGGUCGUCCGAGUCCACGGAGAGCCUGAAGAGUCAGAGCACAAACUGCUCCAGCCAGCCUCUCCUGUGCCCCGCCGGCAGCUUCCACAGAGAAGACGAGCACCUCCUCCCCUGACGUCCGCGCUUUUUGCCUCCCCGACUCUUCGUUCCGCCUCUCAUCUGGGCCGACGUUCGACGCCAUGCCUUCCUGCCCUCGUUCCGACCACAUAUGGACCUGGUAUCCAGGACAACGCCACACUAGAUCGUUUGUUUGUGUGUGUGUCAAGCCCCGCCCACCCUGUAAGAUGCUGUCUUUAAGCCUCGUGUGUGUAUAGCAGCAUGCGCGUAGAACAACAAUAAAAAGCAAACAGUCAUUAUGUCAAAGGUGUCUGGAGGGGUGCUAUCUUAUUUGGAUUGGAGGUUUUUUUUUUAUGUCAUCAAAUUAGCGCUUAAUUUAUAUGAGGAACCAUAGAGUGGAACCUCCAAAGUAAAACUCAUCAGAAGUUGCACAGUUUGGAGUGCCAUCCAAAAAGGUCUUUGGAAAGUUAUGCGUCACAGAAGUGUAAUAAUGGACGUGAAGAGCAAAAGUGUGAUGAAAACUGUAGAACAGCAAAUGGAUGACAUGGAAACUGGGAAAAGUGUCUGGCUGAUAAUUACAAGAGAAACAAUACGGUUAUUUAAAAAAAAUCAAUAAUGUCCACAAAAUUUCCCAAGCAUAUGCUAAUUUACAUAGCAUUUAGCCGUACAUAAUUUUACUACUGCAAACUUCCCUGUUAAUAAAGGUUUUAUGACGGGAACUGGAUUGAAUUUGUUCACUUUAGCAUCCUAUGGGAGAAAAUAACAUAACCGCGGGUUACCUUUGCUUCUUUCGUCAUCUUUUUUUCGAAGCGGCCUUGUUCCAUUUGCUGCAACUUUCCAACCUGAGCCCGCCUUUACACUGGUGAAAGUUAUCAUUUGUCUUACAGGACUCAAAGUAACGAGUGAGUUUUUAGUACAGAGUUAGAAAAUACAUGACUAACAGCCUCAUGGCAUUUAUAGCAUGUUGAAACUCAGCACAUUACAAUUAGUCAACAAAAGAUUAUUAAGGUAUACGAGGACUGAGCUGAUAUUUUAACUACCCCACCCCCCCACGGUCAUAAAUGAAAUUUCAUCAAAUAUACAGAAAAAUAAAUGAGUAAACUUAAUUUUGGCCUUCCCAUGGCCGGCCGAGGAUCUGAACAAUGAAACUUCCUGUGGACUUUUGGGAUAUUCCCAAUUUUUCAGAGGGGGGAAAUAUGUUAGGCUAACAGGAGUGAGAAAAUUAAAACUAUUGGUUUUUUUUUUGUAAAAGAAACUGAAAGUAUAGUUGCGAUAAAGAUUACUAAGAUAACACGUAAAAAAAAAAAAAACAUUUGUAAAGGAUUUAAAUAUACAUUUUGUGGUAAAGUCUAAGGCAAAACAUGUUUUCCAGUGUUCAAGGUAGUGUAAAUGUAUCUUUCAAAUGUUAUUAAAGAUGUAAUCAUAUCAAUGUGCAGGACACUUUGUUUAAUAAAAAAACAACAACAUUC